GGCUCCUGCAACAUUAUUCGGCUGGAGGAUUUCCCGAAUAAGGCCUGCCCUGUGGCUCAAGAUCGACAGUGGUUACUCCGUUCCAGACCAAAGUCCCAGAUCAUGAUGCCCCACGACAAGUCCUUGGAGUCUUUCUCCAUCCCAUCUAUUUCACGUUUUCUUAACAUCAUCACAUAGCACCUGUCAACUUCCCCAUCAUAGAAUGAUGAGUCGCAGCAGCCAGCAAGUGGAUUCUCAUCGACAUAUACCUCAUGAUCCCAUGAGCAAGACACAUGCACAGGCAGAUAUAGGGGUUGCGAAACAGGAGCCUCCAAGAUACAAAGUUUGCAAUGCAUGCCGUCGCAAGAAGCAGCGUGGCGACCUCGGCGCAAUGCUCAGAUGCUCUAUAUGCCGAGAACGACGAGCUGCUGGUACGCGCAAUGAGGAGAGAUAUAGAGCAGAUAUGAGAAGGUACUGUAGAACUGAAGUAUCAAUAUUUCGUAUUUACAGGGCAAAAGUCUUACAUGCUAAGUGAAGACGUGUGAUGAUCAACCGACUGGAAACGAACAUCGAACGGAUGGAAUCUCGAUUACAUGAAAUGGGGCUUAGACUGAGCGAGAGCAGCACAAGUACUUCUCAAGAAUUUCUUUGCUCAAAUGCUCCUGUGUUAGAACACUCCGAUAAGAAUACCGCAAGUGACCCGGAUUUUGCAAACUUUUGCGCUGGCCCGGAGCCAAACCGCGUGAGCACUACUAGCAGUGCUGAUGCUAUUCCAGGCAUAGUAUUCUCAUACCAACAAGUAGAGAAUUGGCCGCCGUGUCUUGCAUCUUUUUCGAUUCCGCGGUCGUUGGUCGACGCCCCACUUUCGAGAGGCUUCUCGGCUCUCUCUCAAAAAGGGAUAGAGUGGAUAUCUCAGAAAGCUGGAAAUGUAUCGUUAGGGAAUCUCUCUUCAUACCUGUCGGCGAACGAUCUUGAUGAAAAUCCAGGCAAUAGUCCUCUCGGCGGCCCAUUUCCGUGCCGAGUGUUUUGCUCACUGCCAACAAAAGAGGAGACUGUCUCUCUUGUACAAGAAUUUAUCGAGGAUUUCAAUAUGCUGUUCCCAAUUUUCCAGCGGUCUGAGCUGCUAUCCCUCUUCAAUCAGAAAAGCUUGGACAUGAGAGUUCAAACACCGAGUCAAUGGGCCUGUAUCAAUGCAGUACUAGCAACGGCAUGUAUGAUCCGCCCUCGAGACGAAGGGUCUGGGCCAGAUCAUCAUCAGAAAAGCUGGCUGUUCAUCCAAAACGCAUUAGAAGUUGUGAAUGAGCUCUGUCUUGGCCCCCCAAACCUGCUGGGCCUCCAAGCGCUUCUACUGUUGGUUACUUUUUUGAUAGGAACGUCGGCUGAACAUCCUUGUGGUUUUUUGCUCUCCGCUGCUAUUCGCAUGUGUCACGAACUUGGCCUGGGCAAGACAGAAGAUGGCUCUCCUUUGUGUAUGCAAGAGAUCCAGCACAGGCGGACAGUAUUUUGGAUCGCUUACUGCUUGGAUCGAGAGUUAUCCCUUAGGUUCUGUGAACCGCCAGCGCAAAGCGAUGAAGACUUCAGUGCGAGCUUACCCAUGGAAGCACCAACUGACAGCAAAUAUACUAUACCAACCAGCGAUCUCUCUGGAAGUUUCAAUGCGUUCCGGUCAUGUUGCCAGCUUGCCAUGAUCAAGGGGCAGCUUUAUAAGGAUCUUUACUCCCCCGCUGCGGAGGAUAGGCCCCUGAGCCAGAUCAUCGCUUCGGUCGGGGUGCUAGACGAGAAGCUCCAGGAGUGGAAACGAAGCAUUCCACCUGAGUAUCAGCCGGAUAAUGGCGGACCCGAUCGCCCCCGGUCAACAAUGUCGCCAGUAUUACUGCUGCUUCAUUAUUCGUACUUUCACUGCAUGAUUGCAGUUCACCGUCGUGUUGCCGCCGGGGGACUAAGCAUCGGGACGGAUCUUCUGGAGAAGAAUGACUUUACGAGCUCGCCCGCCUCGUUAUCCAAUCCUCGGGUAUUGUUGUCUACGUCACUCUGCUCAAAGGCCGCCAGAGCAUCUAUCAAUCUUACAAACUAUUUGUCGCAGGAGAAUAUACCUUUUUUUCGGGUCUUUGGUCUAUUACCCAGUGGUUGCAUCAAUAGCGCUUUCAUGGAGCAUAAUACGUAACCCUCAAGAUGCUUAUCGAGGAUAUAAUUUGAAACUAAUCAACCGGAUGGAGGACUAUCUGGCCUCUCAAGCUUUCUGCAAAGCCUUUGAGGGGAUACGGCGCCUUGUGAAACAGUGCGCUGAAUACCGCUCCAUUGCGGAAGCUGCGGUGAAGGCCACAAUGUAGCUAUGCUAUGUUGUCAGCCUGACUCGAUCAGACACCAUUACGAACUGCUGCCCAUACCACCACCCAUCUCUCACGGCGUUAUUGUGAUGGAAAUGUUUAAUGAAUAUACCCAGUGCAGGAGAAUAUCAAUGGAGUUAAUACUCGUGAAACCAAACCAUACAAGCUCUAACACGAUCAUUAUUGCAGUUUAUGCUGUUAAAUUUAAUUUAUAUUAUUUUAAUUUUAAUUUUUUCUUUUUCUUUUUGAUUUAUUUAUUUAUAUAUAUAUAUAUUUUCUCCUGCCGACUCUUUCAUUUGAGGGUGGAG